AUGCCUCGAAAUGUCUCUUCUACUGGCGUCACAAUCACAAAUCCGCUCGUUCUUUAUCGUGCAUUGCUAGCUACUAAUCGCAUCAAGCCCGACCACGCCCAAUAUCGCCUCGCGAUACAUCUUCAGAAAUUAUACCAAAGACUCAUAGAUUACGAACCAACGAUAGAAUACAAUCAGCGACUGAACCAAUUAAACCGAACUUUUGGUGGUACUGAUGGCUCUACUAUUUCAUCCGGCACUGCCAAGACCGAGCGUCAAGGUUUAUGGACGUCAUUCUUACGGGAAAAGGAUAAAAGAGAUAGUCUUGCUCUAACGCGAAUCCUGACAAGUCAUGAUGCCGCGCUUCAACUUGAUUCUCCGCAAGGCCUCAUGCUCCACGGCGAAGUCGGAACGGGCAAGAGCAUGCUAAUUGACCUAUUCGCCGACUGUCUACCAAACCAAAAGAAAAAGCGAUGGCACUUCAACACUUUCAUGCUCGAGACAUUCGCAAGGCUCGAAAAAUUGCGUCGGGAGCGCUCAACUCAUUCCUUGAGAAACCCAUCCACGACCCAGCAAGAUGACCACUCUCUACUAUGGUUGGCACGAGAUAUGGUCCAGACCUCCCCCAUACUAUUCCUGGAUGAAUUCCAACUGCCGGAUAGAGCAUCGUCAAAGAUUAUGUCGAACCUAAUGACUGGCUUCUUCCAACUCGGUGGCGUGCUCGUAGCAACAAGCAACCGAAUGCCCGAAGAGCUGGCCAAAGCCGCUGGAAUAGAGUUCUCAAGGCCGCCGUCACGAUUGGAGUCGUUGGGGUGGAAGUUUGGGCUCCGAGGAGCUAGCAAUCCCAACGCUCAGCAUGGGGAAUUCACGGCAUUCCUUGACGUGCUGAAGGCAAGAUGCGAGAUCUGGGAGAUGAACAGCGGGAAAGAUUAUAGACGACUAGAUGCGGAGCAGGCCCAGGAAAGCACCGAUGGGAUCACGGUUCCAAUUUCGGGACCAACGCCAGCUGCAGCUGCAAGAGAUACGUCAAUUGGUUUUCCGGACUCAAGUUCCAUACCCUCACAACCCGGCGCCGAUUCCUCCCCAGCAUCACCACCACCCCAAAAACCCCCCAAAUUCUUCCUCGUCCAACCGCCCCUUUCCGCCGAAUCACACAUUGCACCCACAUGGACUCAACACCUCCCCCCCUCCCUCAACCUCCCCCACCCCAUCCCCUGGACGCCCACCACCCUCCGCAUCUACGCCCGCCCCCUCCCCAUCCCCCGCGCCUUCGCCUCCCUCACCCACUUCACCUUCGCCGAGCUCUGCGCCACCCCCCUCGGCCCCGCCGACUACAUCUCCCUCGCCUCCCACUACCCCCACCUCAUCCUCACCGCCGUGCCGAUCCUCACAGCCGCCCACCACAAAAACGACGCCCGCCGCUUCAUCACCCUCCUCGACGCGCUGUACGAGGCGCGCUGCAAGCUGCUCCUCGUCGCCGCCGCGGGGCCCGACGACCUCAUCUUCCCCGACCCUGUAGCCGCUGCCCCCGACCUCGCAUAUGGAGACGGGAAUCAGGAGGGGGUUGCCAACGCAGACCCAGAGACCUUCUCCCAAGCCUACCAAGACGCCACCGCGCCCUUCCGGCCCAACACCUCCCUUUACUCCUCCCAUACACCCGGCCUCGCCCCCGACGCGAUGGAAGACGACCCUCCGAACCGCGCGCGGCGCCGCGCCGGCAGCGCGUUCGCAGAUGAGCGGGCGCCCGGGCCAGACUUCGGCCGCACGGCGGCGUUCACGGGGGAGGACGAGCGGUUCGCGGUGAAGCGGGCCCGGAGUCGGCUGUGGGAGAUGUGCUCGGCGCGGUGGUGGGCGCGCGGCGGGCCGGACUGGCAUCGGCCUGUGCCGCGCGCCAUUCGAAAGUGGGAAGCGGGUGGAGAGAAGACGGAGAGCAUGGAGCGGGGAGGGGAGGGGUCGAUAUGUAAAAGCAGGAGGCGAGAGCGAGGUGGGUGAGGAUGGUUCG